AUCAUUUGUACUGUAGUUCGUGGAAGUAUAGUGACGUGUCUCCCGUCGUGUCAAAAGUUUAAAGAAUCCGAAGAGAGUGAUGUUUAAUUAAUUGCGUACGUGCCCGUCUAAUAUUCUGGUUAAAAGGAAAAAUAUGUUAACGAAGUUUGAGACGAAAUCAGCUCGAGUGAAAGGCCUGUCCUUUCAUCCGAAACGUCCCUGGGUGCUUGCAAGCCUGCACAAUGGCGUUAUUCAGUUGUGGGAUUACCGCAUGUGCACUCUGCUCGACAAAUUCGACGAGCACGACGGGCCCGUCCGAGGCAUAUGCUUCCACAAUCAGCAGCCGCUGUUUGUCUCCGGCGGUGAUGAUUACAAGAUCAAGGUCUGGAACUACAAGCAACGGAGAUGCAUCUUCACGCUGCUGGGUCACCUGGACUACAUCAGGACCACGAUGUUUCAUCAGGAGUACCCCUGGAUCCUCAGCGCGUCGGACGAUCAGACUAUACGGAUCUGGAACUGGCAGAGCCGCACCUGCAUCUGCGUGCUGACCGGGCACAAUCAUUAUGUAAUGUGCGCCCAAUUCCAUCCGACGGAGGAUAUCAUCGUGUCCGCUUCGUUGGACCAGACUGUCCGCGUGUGGGACAUCUCUGGAUUGCGCAAGAAGAACGUGGCGCCCGGGCCGGGAGGUCUCGAGGACCACCUGAAGAACCCUGGAGCGACUGACUUAUUUGGUCAGGCGGAUGCGGUGGUGAAGUACGUGCUGGAAGGUCACGACAGAGGCGUCAACUGGGCAUGCUUCCACGGUUCGUUGCCACUGAUCGUAUCCGGGGCCGACGAUCGGCAGAUCAAGAUGUGGCGUAUGAAUGACGCCAAAGCCUGGGAGGUGGACACGUGCCGCGGCCACUACAACAACGUGUCGUGCGUGCUGUUCCACCCUAGACAAGACCUCAUACUCUCCAACUCGGAAGACAAAAGCAUCCGCGUCUGGGACAUGACGAAGCGCACGUGUCUGCAUACUUUCAGGCGGGAGCACGAGAGAUUCUGGGUGCUGGCCGCCCACCCGACCCUGAACCUCUUCGCCGCCGGCCACGACUCCGGUAUGAUCAUCUUCAAGCUCGAGAGGGAGCGUCCCGCGUACGCGGUCUACGGAAACUUGCUGUAUUACGUGAAGGAUCGUUUCCUGCGCAAGUUGGACUUCACCACGUCGAAGGACACCUCGGUCAUGCAGAUUCGGGGCGGCGGGAAAACACCGCCCUACAGUAUGUCGUACAAUCAGGCGGAGAACAGCGUCUUGGUGUGCACGAGGUCGCCCUCGAGCAUCGAGAACAGCACGUACGACUUGUACAUGAUACCGCGCGAGGGUGACUCCAGCACAGACGCCGACACCAAACGGGCGUCCGGUGUCACGGCCAUCUGGGUCGCCAGGAAUCGAUUCGCUGUUUUGGAUAGGGCAUAUUCGCUGGUCAUCAAGAACCUGAAGAACGAGGUCACGAAGAAGGUGCAGAUUCCCAACUGCGACGAGAUAUUUUACGCUGGCACUGGCAUGCUGCUUCUACGCGAUCCGGAGCAGGUAACGCUGUUCGACGUGCAGCAGAAGAGAACGCUAGCGGAGGUGAAGAUAUCCAAGUGCCGGUACGUCGUGUGGUCCAGCGACAUGUCUCACGUGGCGCUGCUGGCCAAGCACUGCGUCAACAUCUGCAAUCGCCGACUGGAGUUCCUCUGUUCCGUGCACGAGAACACCAGAGUGAAGUCCGGCGCUUGGGACGAUUCCGGCGUGUUCAUCUACACGACCAGCAAUCACAUCAAGUACGCGAUCAACAAUGGCGAUCAUGGCAUCAUCCGCACGUUGGACCUGCCGAUAUACGUGACGAGAGUCAAAGGCAACCAGGUUUACUGCCUGGACCGGGAGUGUAGGCCGAGGAUUCUGCGGAUAGACCCGACGGAGUACAAGUUCAAGCUCGCGCUGAUCAAUAGGAAGUACGAGGAGGUCUUGCACAUGGUGCGCACGGCGAAUCUCGUUGGCCAAUCUAUCAUAGCGUACUUACAGCAGAAGGGAUACCCGGAAGUGGCGCUUCACUUUGUGAAGGACGAGAAGACCAGAUUCGGGCUCGCGCUCGAGUGCGGGAACAUUGAGGUGGCACUGGAAGCAGCGAGAUCGCUGGAUCAGAAAUCGUGCUGGGAGAGCCUGGCUCAAGCGGCUUUGCUGCAAGGCAACCACCAGGUCGUGGAGAUGUGCUACCAGAGAACCAAGAACUUUGAGAAACUCUCUUUCCUCUACCUUAUAACCGGCAAUCUGGAGAAGCUGCGCAAAAUGAUCAAAAUUGCGGAGAUCCGCAAAGACGUAUCCGGACAGUAUCAAGGUAGCCUGCUGCUCGGCGACAUUUACGAACGGGCUAAGAUUCUGCGGAAUUCUGGACAAGCGUCGUUGGCGUACGUUACCGAGAAGAUCCACGGGAUAUCUAACGAAGACGACGACGCCCAGUACCAGUCGAUGAGCGAAGAGCUGUCCUCGCUCGAGAACGGCGCUAUAUAUCUGCGUCCACCGGUGCCCAUCCAGCAGGCCGAGAACAACUGGCCGCUGCUGACCGUCUCCAAAGGCUUCUUCGAGGGCGCAAUGAUGUCUCGCGGCAAGAGUCAAGUGGCCGCCGCUUUGGCUCCGGAAGACGACGGCGGGGCGACAACCGACGGGUGGGGCAAUGACGAAGAGCUCGGGAUCGACGAAGAGGGCGAGGAAGGCGUUGACGCGGAGAUCGCGGCCGAGGGCGAAGAGAGCGCUGGUUGGGACGUCGAGGAUGUUGAUCUUCCGCCGGAGCUGGAGGCCACGACAACCGCCAACGAGGAUGGUUAUUAUUCUCCUCCUACUAAAGGCGUACCACCGACGCAGCAUUGGAUCAACAACUCUCAAUUGGUGGUCGAUCACGUAUUGGCCGGCUCGUUCGAGUCCGCCUUCAGAUUACUGAACAAUCAGGUUGGCGUGGUGGAGUUCGGGCCGUAUCAGUCGCUUUUCCUGAACACGUACGCCCGCUCCAGAACGUCCUUCGCUAGCCUGCCGAACAUACCGUCGUUGCAUGGGUAUCCUCAGAGGAAUUGGAAAGACGCCACGCCGAAGACGGGCAUGCCCGCGGUGGGACUGCAUCUCGCCGACCUGGUCCAGCGUCUGCAGGUGUGCUAUCAGCUGACAACCGCCGGCAAAUUCUCAGAGGCGGUAGACAAGUUACAGGCCAUCUUGCUGAGCGUACCGUUGCUCGUCGUCGACACCAGGCAGGACAUCGCAGAGGCCCAGCAGCUCAUUCAGAUCUGUCGCGAGUACAUUUUGGGCCUGAAAAUGGAAACCGAGCGUAAGAACCUGCCGAAGAACACGCUGAACGAUCAGAAGAGGAUCUGCGAGAUGGCGGCGUACUUUACGCACUGCAAUCUGCAACCGGUACAUCAGAUACUCACUCUGAGAAUAGCUGCGAAUAUAUUCUUCAAGUUGAAGAACUACAAGACCGCCGCUUCGUUCGCGAGAAGAUUACUCGAGCUCGGACCGAAGCCCGAGCACGCGCAGCAAGUUCGAAAGAUUCUACAGGUCUGCGAUAAAAAUCCCGUCGACGAGCAUCAAUUAGCAUACGACGAACACAAUCCGUUCUCGUUGUGCGCGAGCACGUUCACGCCUAUUUAUAGAGGAAAGCCGGAAGUCAAGUGUCCUUUAUGCGGCGCUAGCUACAACCCACUAUUUAAGGACACAGUGUGUAAGAUAUGCGAGGUUGCUAUGAUAGGCAAGGAAUGCAUCGGACUUAGACAGGGCAGGUCUUAGGAUAGCCCGAGGCCUUUGGUCACGAAGUUGAUUUUAAAACGUUCAUGCUGUUUCCCAAUCUUUCCCAAUACAGAGAUAAUUAGUAUAUACAAGUCUUAAAAUUCUUAUUAUAUAUUUUUAAUCACAUAAUGGCAAAUGUGCGCAGAUCAAGCAGUCUCACAACUUUGCUACUGUGUUGAACGUGACAGUCUAACAUCAAGAGAGAUAUGAGUUCUAUGACACGAUAUCUUCUACCCUUUAUUAAACAAAGCAGAUGAGAUAGAAUAGAGAAAAAUACUGCAGAGAGAAACAUUCUCUCUAUCGACGUUAAACUGUCAAUGUUUGGUUUUAUUCCAGAGCUGCUUGGUCUGUUGUAUACUUUGGAUUCAGGCGCAGUCGAAUAACGCAUUUAGCUAAUUAGUUUUUAUACAUAUAUCAGUGCAAUUUUGACGUCAACAGCACAUAUGAUAUAGCAAAAAAAAACAAAAAUAGCAGCAAGAAAGGCCCCAAUUCCAAAAAA